AUGAGAAAGCCGUGCUUCUCUGAGGUGGCAAGCUUAUGCUGGCUAGUAGUAUGUUGGCUUCAUGUAAGCGUGGCAUACGCGGCAGUUUUGCGAAGCCGACAAGACCCCGGGGCCACUUCCUCGGCCGGAUUUAUUCGCCGGUCUUUCGCUGUGGGGACGGUCCUGGGUGACUUUGUAUAUAUCGACGGCGGUGAGGUAUCACAAGCCAACGGGAACCAGCCCUCGGGCAACAAUCCGUCGAGUCUAGAACCCUCAACGCUGUCGAUAGGUCUCCGUGAGUCCUGGACCAACACCACCGUCCCCAUCCAGGCCAUCCAGAAGUCAGCACCUCUCCUCAACAGUCAAACAAUAUGGACCGAUGAGCCAGGGAACUCCUUCUGGAUAUGGGGAGGAGCAGUUACCGACGGCACUCCUCCUGCUCCAGAUCAGUCAUGGAAGUUCUCCGUUGACGGUAAUGGGGGAGGCUCUUGGAGUUUGGAACCGCCAUCAAACCCGACAAUUUUCAAUGAGCUGUCACGCCCCGUUGGAUGCGCCCACACUCAAGGCGGUGGCGUAGGAUACUGCAUGGGUGGCCUUCUGACCAGCCAGUCCAACACCUCGGUGGAGAGCGACACCGCUGUGGCCGGACUUGUGAGCUUUGGCAUGAGCUCGUCGGUAUGGAUCAACACUUCAGUCCCUCGCACACUCGUCAAUGCCCAGGCCGAGUACGUGCCCUUUGGCCCCAACGGCAUCGUCCUGCUCCUAGGCGGAACAACAGGAAGCUCGCCGCCCACGUUCAGCGAUUUCACCAACAUCACAUUCUUUGACACAAUAACCAAGCAAUUCUUCUCCCAGCAGGCCACCGGGACCAUCCCCACCGGCCGCCAACGAUUCUGUUCAGUCACGGUUGCCGGCCCGGACAAUACUACCGAGAUAUUUCUGUAUGGUGGCCUCACGGCCGACAACACCGUCUCCGACGAGGUGUUCGUGCUCUCCCUGCCGGGCUUCGUCUUCGCAAAGGCAGACAGCCCCGGUGCGACCACGGCUCGGGCAGACCAUGCGUGUGUCGCCGUCGGCGGUGGCAAGAGGCAGAUGCUCUCCAUCGGCGGGGCCGACGCCUCCAAAGGGUACCCUGCCGCGUUACAAGACCCGGACCCCUGGGCUCAGGGGCUUGGGGUGUUCGACAUGACGAGCCUGCGCUGGACGGAUGGGUACAGCAGCGAUGCUGCGGCUUAUGACACCCCGGAUGUUGUAAAACAGUUCUACAGGGACGGCGGGCUGGCCAAGGUUCAGUGGGCCAGUGACGAGGUGGAACGCCUCUUCAGACCUGCCGAACCAGGCUUUGAUGGGGCUUCUGGAAACAAUAGUCCGGGUAGCACCAGUGGCAACAACAAUAGUAAUAACAACAACAAUAGCAACAACAACGAUAAUAACGGAAAUGAUACAAAUAGCCCCAAUGGCAGUGGGACAACAUCGGGCUUGUCGAGACAAGCCAUCCUGGGCCUCUCAAUCGGCGGAAGCGCAGCCCUGCCCAUCCUAAUAGCCGGCAUAUACCUCUGCUGCCGGCGACAACACCGGCGGCGGCGGGACCCCUCGUCCAGAUCAAUAUCCGCCACCACAACCACAACCGUCCACCACCACUCCAAGCGGCGGCGCAGCUCGGACGCCACCAGCAGCGACGCCUCCUACGACCGUGAGCUCUCCGACGUGAGCAGCCACCGGCGCCCCUCGGUAGUCCGCUCCUCCGACAGCAACCAGAACGAACGGGGGGGAGCAGGGUACCUAGCCGUCCCGGCCCCGGCCCACCAGGCGGACUCCCUGGCGCGGCGGUCCCUGGACCAGUACAGCGUGCACAUCAAAGGCAACGCGACCCCCAUCAUCAUCGACAGCGCCGCCAUGACGACGGCGGCGAGGGAGAGGGAGGACGAGAGGCAGCGGCGACAACAGCAACAACAACAACAAACACAAACACAAAAGGCUUCUGUCGGGCCACAGCCGAAGCGCGUCAGGUUCUCGGCGCUGCUGAGGCCGCCGCAGCGCAAGCCCGUCGCCGCCCUCCAGCCGCAGCAGGCCCUGGGCGGCAACCCCGUCACCAUCCACUCCGGGCUGGCCGACCGCCGCGGCCGCCCUGCCCUGCAGGCCAUCCGGACCCGGGCGGCGGCGGCGGCGGGGAGCAGUGAGGGCGAUAGCGAUGUUGCCAAUGGUGGUGUGGUUCGUAUCUACCAGGAUCGGCCUGCCUGA